UUUUAUGAUGAUCCCUUGACAAUUUGGAGGGAAAGAGACGACGACAAUACGACUUCUUGGGCUCGAGUUGGCCAUUUGUUAAGGACUGUGGAGAGGGAAAGACGGUUGUUUUUCUUGUUUGUUGACCUCGGUUGGACGAGUGCAGCCAGGAGCAGGACACAAACGGGUCAGCGCAUGAGAUACCAAUACCUUUGGAACAGCACGCUGUCAAUACGGGGCAAGUCAACGAACGCAAUAUCGAUAAUGUGAUCAAAGGACGAAGCCAUUCGACAUAUCCUUUACCCCGGUUUUAAUCUCCCAUUGCAACACGAACAGCGGAUCGCCAUGAAGACCCCCAUCACAGUCGUCCGGCUGAGUCUCUUCAUCCAACUCGCCACUUCCCAAUCACUACCAUACAACCCAACCACCAUCCUCCUACCGCCGACGACUUCGAACAAUAGGGAUCUUGCAUAUGCGUUCCUGUCCCCGGACUCGGAUACCACGCAGUUUGUGUCACUUAACAUAUCCUCGAUCAUCUCUCCUUCGAAUCUAACUCUCGAUAUUAUCUCCUCGGAUCUGCCAUUUCGCGGUAACAAAAGCAAUGCAUUCAUCCCAUCGAUUUCAACCCUAGGAGAAAUAUCAGUCUACACAGGAUCCUGCGCAACAUCCACCAGCGCGGCACUCUGGCGCUUCACUCCCUCGAACACAAGCACAAUUGGCAACGGAACAUGGGAGGAGGAGACAACCACCACAGGUAGCGGGGUCAUGGCUGCUUCCCUACCUGGCGCAGAUUUCCUCUCUACAGCUUUCAGCUUCUCAACACUUGUCCAAGCCAAUGCUUCGCAGACGAAGAUCUACGUCUUCGGUGGCAUGUGUCCAACUGAAGUUGCGACGGCUUCAACAUGGCAAUCUGCAGCCUCAUACUCGAAUCAUAUGCUACGACUCGCACCCUCGACCUCUUCCUCUCCAACAACCUACACACUCGAAGUCCCCACCAGCAGAGGUCCGCCAAUUGCUGAAGCUGGGUUUUCGAUUACGGGGUUGACACCGACAUAUUCGAAUGGAUCGGGCAUCGAGACACAGCAACAGAGCUUUGUGUUGGUGGGAGGACAUACACAGACUGCCUUUAUAAACAUGAGUCAGGUUGCUAUCUGGAGUCUGCCAGAGGAAAGCUGGAGUUUCGUUACUGUGGACUCUCCAGGGACCUCGAACGCGAAUACGGAGCUGGCUGUCAAAAAUACUGUUACAAAGGUUGAUAGUCGGUCUGGACACACGGCUGUAUUGACCGAGGAUGGAGGCAGUAUCAUUAUCCUUGGAGGAUGGGUGGGAGAUGUUUCUCAAGCUGCAGAUCCACAACUUGCCGUUCUGAAUCUAGGACAAGGCUUUGGAGGGACGGGAGAUUGGCAGUGGACUGUUCCGGAUGAACAGCCAUCUGGAAAUGGGAUGUAUGGUCAUGGCGCUGUCAUGCUCCCUGGAAACGUUAUGAUGGUGCUUGGUGGUUACAAUAUCUCUUCUUCCGGCAACUCAAAGAGAGACACAGCAACUGGCGUGCAGCCACAGUUCUUCAAUGCUACCAGCAUGACAUGGACGAGUGACUAUACAAAUCCAGCCUAUGUCGCUGCCAUAGCCAGCAACUCAGCCAGUGCGUCAUCAGCGUCAAAGGCGAAAUCGACGUCAACAAGAGUUGGACUCGGUGCUGGCCUUGGACUGGGACUGGCAGCUGUUGUGGGUGCUCUUCUGUUCUAUUUCUGCUACAACCGACGAGUUCAUCGUAUGAGAAAAGAGGCACGGGAGAAAGAUUUGAGAAACUUAAGCCUCGGAGCCUCGAAUUUCUAUGAGUCGCCUACCCGAGAGAUGAGCCAAAGUGCAUUUCCGUGGUCCUAUGGCCGGUGGAAUGGUCGAAAUGAGGAUGGAGAGAGAGUUGAUCCUAUCUACGACUCCAACAGUGCUGUGGCUGGCUACGAGAAUCUUAAUUCUGGUAUUCAUGGACUUGGAGACAGAGGUCAAAUUCCACAACCUCCAAAGCAAAUUCCUCGGAAGCCACUACAUUCUCGAAACGCUCGGGGCGCCUAUCAGCCGACUCCCACCUUCGAUUUCAGCAGUGGUAACGCACACGGUCGAACGAAUAGUCUCGGGACUGCCGGACCUAUUCAUCCCAUUUACGAAGCAGAUGAGGAUGAUCAGAAUCAUCAUCCAGUGGAUGGUGUGGGCAUGGCAAUUGGAGAUCCCAAUUUUGUCCCUGGUCCGGCCGAAUCGAGCAGGUAUUCUGAUCCAUUUAAGGAUCCUCCAGCGGCCAACUUCGCUGCGCCGAUUCGCCGCAAUCGCAGCGUCAGUAGCUCAGAAGCAGAAAGUCCAGCGCAGUCUCGUGAGCGAGAAAUCCAAGAAUGGGUCUCAGACUGGGCCGCUGCAGAUGCACUCCUCAAUUCUCAGGCUAGGUCUCACUCAAAUAUUGGACGGAUAUCACCUACGAGACGUGCGCAGCUCAUUGCUGCCACUACAGUGAGCUCAGUUUCUGCCGAAGAAGACAGUAGUCGUACAGCUAGUAAUCUGAGUGAGCGUACCGAUAGGAGUGUCAACAUCUCCACUGUUAGUGUCUCUAGAUCGGGAUCUAGCUCUCAAGGACGCUCCAGAUCAAACUCCCUCCGAGGUUUUAUCACAGGCAUGAAUCCGUUCGCAUCUACAGUCACUGGAAGCUCAAAUCUCUCUCCCAUUUUCGAUACCCAUACCGGUGUCCCACUCCCGAGAAGCGCAGGUAGCGGCUCGUCAAGCUCUUUCAACACCGCAAACACCAGUUUCCCUGCCCUGCAAGCAGAAGGAGAAACACUUCUUCCCCGACCAGUCGACGAGUUUUCAGCAGGCGAUUACUCACCAGCACGCUCACACCCCGAUUUCAGCCAAGGUAGCCCCUCCAAAAGUAAGCCCUUCGUCUUGGGCAAAGGUCGAGCAGGAUGGCUCGGUAGUCUCCGCCGAGUCUUCAUCAGCAAUACAGAAGGAGAAGCUAGCGAGCCCUUCAAUCCUCACGCCCCAAUCUACCGAGACGUCAGUCCCACUCGAGACCAACCACGCCGUACAGUCAGCGCAGGCGCUACACUAUGGCGACGUAAACAAGGCAAAGGCGAUUGGGAGGACAGUGCAGAUCUCAGCGCCACCCAUACCCGCUCUAACACUUUCACCAGUGACCUAACUCAGUUCGCGCGGCAUUACACUGAUACGCCGCAUUCAGCUGGUACUGAUGACGAGGACUGGGAUGUCGAACAGGCGGUGCAGAAUCGGGUCGUGCAGGUUAUGUUUACGGUUCCGAAGGAGAAACUCAGAGUUGUCAACGCGGAUGAGGAUGAGAUGAGGAGCGAGGCUGCCAGUAGUGUUGCGGGUGGGAGUUUGAGAAGUCGGAAGGGGAGUGGGAGGAAGAGUUUGAGGGGCUUGAUUAUGCCAAUGUCGACACCUGGUGGCGAAGAGGGUCAUGCCGAGAGUCAAGGGAAGCCGUUACUUGUUGAUCUUGACAUCGAUGAUGCUGUGAAUGUCGAUGGCCGCGGAAGAGGAGACCUCAAUAGGACGGACGGUGGAGGGAAGGGGAAAGGAAAAGAGACUAUCUUUGAUCACGAUGUUGAGGUUAAGAAGGAGAGGGAUAGGGAGAAGAUGAGUGAGAGGGAGAGAGUGAGGGAGAUGGAGAAGGAGAUGGAAUGGGAGAUGGCGAGGGGUGGAAGUCCGAGUCCGAAUAGGAAGGAGAAGGGAAAGAGUAAAGUCCUGGAUUUGGUGGAGAGUAUUGAGAGGAGGGGGAGUCCUGAGAGGUGAUUUGUGUUCUGUGUUUAGUUUUGUCAAAUUGGAAAUGGUUGGGUGAUUUGAGACUGGAAGUUGGGUCUUGCAUCGGAUGAUGCCCAAGCUUGUGGAAGGUUGGCGGGAAGAUGGACUGGAAUCGGCGUUUUUGGAUUUGGUUCUGGUAUUGGAUUUAGCAUUUGAACUUUGAUUUUGCAAUUGUGUAACAUUUACGAUUUCACAUUAACCUUCGUUUUGGAUAUUUGAGCAUAGGGUCUUCCUGGUUAGAGAGGAGGGGAAGGAAGAUAGCGGACUUGGAGAUCAGAUCAGAUCAGAGUUAAAAGUUCGAGGUAGAUAGGUGGGGGAAAACUCUCGUUUCUUGUACGUAGUUAUGCUUCUCGGAUUUUGGAGAUUAGGAUUAGGAAUAGGAAUGAAAAGAUUUGGCAA